AUGGAGUCCAAUUCCAAGCCUACUAUUCUCUUCUACGAUAUUGCCUCGGCUCCCCAGUCACUUGCUAUGCGCCCAAUCCCUGGAAAACAAGCACGUAAACUAAGACGCAACAGAUACGCCCUCAACUUUAAACAAGCCCACUAUCGAACAGAAUGGGUAGAACUGCCUGACGUACCCACCGUGCGCAAGAGACUUGGCCUCCCAGCCAACAGAGUCCUCCCCGACGGCAGUCCCUUCCACACCCUUCCGAUCAUCAGAAGCAGCUCCACUGGCGAGCUUGUGGGUGAUUCUUUUGAGAUUGCGCAGUACCUUGACAGACUCUACCCCGAGGGGCCGAGAUUACUCCCUCCUUCGACUGUGGGCCUGAUCUCCGCGUUCAAUUCUCAGGUCGAUGCUGUCUUCACUCAGCAUUGCGUGCUCUGUGUUCAGGGGAUGCCGUACAACCCCGCAACAGCGGAGGAGUCGAAAGCGACGUUUGCCAAGCGAGCGGGCAAGGAGCGCUAUGAGGAUCUGAUGAUCACAGGCGAGGCAAGGGCGGGCAUGCUCGAGAGCUUCCAGAAUGCGCUGGGAGAGCUAGCAAAGGCCUACCGACGGACGGAGGGUCCGUUUCUCGAUGGCGAUAUGCCUACAUAUGCCGAUUUCAUUGUAGGUAGCUGGUUGAAGUUUUACAAGAAGACGAUAGAGGAGUGGGAGCAGUUGUUCAGUUGGCAUGAUGGGUUAUGGGGAGAGUUACAUCGUGCAUUGGAAAAGUAUGCAGAGGUCAAAUAGGUAUUAAAUGUCUAUAUCAGAUCCAUAAGUUCGUCAUCGCUUCAUCAUCAGAAGUUAGACGGCAUUAGUGAUGUCUGGGUGGAAGAGGAGGAGCUGGAAGCUCGGGAUGAUCUGGCGCGGUAGCAAUGACUGGCUGUUGCUGCUGCUCAGGAUGGUCAGGAUGGUCGUCGUCGUCAGGAAUCCCCUAAAAAAAUCAGUUAGUCGAAUGAACAUGCGCGAGCUCUAGGUCAGCUCACAUUGAGCAGAUACUCCACGGCGCGAUCGGGGUUGAACGACGCCGCUCUCAUGGCCCGAUCGAUAUCGAUUCUAGCAAACCCCAUGCUCUCCAUCUGUGCAACGACGGCCUCGUCGCUCUGGAC